UUUAUUUUUUGGCGUUUUGGAACUGAAGUAACCUCUCUCACCGCUCUCACCUGAUGGACCCGGAAGGGGGCGGGUCGUCUUCCAAACCUGACCGCCCGGAGGUAACAGUUACGCCAACUAUCGCGGGGCACCGGCUCCAGGUGUGUGUUACACUACACUACAGACGACUUGAAAGAGAACUGUUGAAAGAGACCCGGUUUUGGCCUCGAUUCUUCAGUCAGUCGCCUCGCGGGUUCACCUGCGCAUCGCGGCACCCGUUCCGUUCCCGUUGGAAAAAAAACAAAACAAACAAAAGACGGUGGAAGUUUUCCAUUUCAUCAUUCAUCGACAUUUCGAUACGUGUGCGUUCUCAAUUCAGUUGGGUCUUCGAUCCCGUUUGAUUGGCACGGCCGUUCGAGGAAGCGGAACCAUAGUGAAAUGCCUCUUCGGAAGCGAAAACGAUUGAAUUAUUAAAAAAUUUAAUCUAGCGUAGGUGUGUGUGUGUGUAUGUCUGAAAGUGUGUGAGUGGUGUUCCUUCCUCGUGCGGAUGGAGAUUGUCUAGAAAUUGAGUGAUAACUGUUACUUCCAUUCGAUUUGUUUAUUGCCAGUGUACCUGUGACUUGAUUCGAACAAGUCGCCUUGAGUGCAUACUUGGUGGUCCAACAUCGACAGUCAACAAUAAGAACAACAACAAUAGCAAAUAAGGCAGACGAGAGAAGAAAAAAGAAAACAGAACAGAUACACAGUCAUCAAAUUUAACGAAACGACUAGCCCAAAGAGCAAAAUGAGGCCGCGUUCGACGUCCCACUUCUUCCUCCUCCUGCUGGCGGUGAUUCAUCCUUCCCUUACAAGUCUUCAAGACACAAGUAGAGAAAGACAAAGGGAGAACGACGAAUUUCUGCUGGCACGAGAUGAACGUUCUGCCGUCGUUCAUUUCCCUGAUGACAACAACCAACUUCCGGUUCAGUCUGGCGGAGCAUCAACAUGGAGAUUCCAGUCGGAUGACAACCAACUAUCCAAUACGCGCCAAUCCAAAAGCCAAUUUUCCAUUCCAUUAGGAACCACCUCUGGUAUGAUGGUGCCCGUUUCAGGUACGAGAGGCACGCCAUCCGGCGAGGGCGUCAAAAAGGGACGGAAAGCAACGCCGGAUGUCCAGGAUAUCAUCUCGGGCAUCGUUCACCUGCUGGGAGGCAAAGUCAACCUUCACGCGGCCAGCGGUGCCACUGAGGCACCAUCGGUCACCUCCGGCAAUCCUUCGGGCACCACGCUUUUGCGACCGCAAAUGCUGGCCCCGCACUCGACGCGAAUCAACAAUCGAGCGCCGCCACGUAUCUCCGAAGUGCCCUUUGAGGCUAUUCCUCUGGAAUUGGGUAAUUCAGCUGGUAGACCCGGUCAGAUGUUGCCCUUUGGUGUGCCGUUAAGGCCACCGAUCUAUCCACCCAAACUGCCCCAGACUGGACAGAACGUGCAGGGGCUUCCGUUCACCUCUGGAAUUCCACUUCCAAUUCAACUGGUUCCGCCCGUUUCACCAAACCGUCCGUGGCCUCCUGCGAAUCCGAUCGUAUCGGAACCUACCCCUUCCGCUUCGGUAACGGAGAACUCGACCGUUCAAACAAGUUCCAGUCCACCCCCGAUCGUUCAUGUGAUAGGAAACUUAUCGCAGAGUUUCAUCCCGCCGAAAAGCGAAACAACUUUGACCAACUUCUUCCCGGAAAAUUCCAGUGUCCGACAUCAUCCGGUGAUCGUAGUUCCUACUACAACAACGACAACAAGUUUACCGUUGCCGGAAUCGACGGCCAUUCCGGUUCACCAGUUCACCAGUUCAGUCGAUGCCAUAUUGCAAUCGUCCAUCGAAGAUGCAGUCUCCUCCAGCAGCCUUAUCCCAUUGGAUAUCCCUUCUGUUGUUCCAGCCGUUUCGGCUUCACCGUUGCCAGUAAUACCCUAUGCCAGUGAAAUCUCUUCUUCGUUGUCUAUCCUGCAAAAUUGGUCUCCUGCACCGUCAGUUGUGCCACAGUUGGAAGCCGGAACGGCCCCAACUGUUCCGCACUUACCUGACAGUAGUAGCUACACGCCUCCGCUUCCAUCGGGGCGUCCAGGACAAGUCUUCCAUGAUGAAUAUUUGGCUCCGGCUAAUGGCUAUGGAGAGAUUGACGUUAUUACAAGCGACAACAUCCAACCUCAAGGAAGUUAUGGCGAUACAUUCGAACUGGUGGUGACCGCUGCACAGAAUUUCGGGGGCUCUUCGCCGCCCAUCAAUAGCGGAAGACCUUACGUCAUCCCAGUCGAUAUCGACAAUGUCCGCGGUGGAAUGCAGGCGCCUUCCUCCACAGAGACGGACGAAUACGUUUCAAUCGAUGGCCGAAAAACGUACUUUAAUCUAUUUCCAACGGAAACGGUGGAAGCAGCCGAACCGGUGGUUCAGCCGACCGCCAUGCCAAAACCAGCACCGAUAAACAGUAAUAACGGGUACGGUUACGCUUACCCGGACAGUCCUGUUGAACAAGCACGACCAGCACCCGCGUCCAGGCCCAGUUACACGAUGCCAGCACCAGCAGCGAGGCCCAGCUACCCGAAACCAGCAGCACCAGUUGUGAUUAACCGACCCACAGCUUCGCUGGUUAGAAGACCAUCAACAACUCCACUCAGCCGAAUUGAUGCCUGCAUAGUCGGCGACCCUAAUGCCUGUUUGGAACCAAAUGAAUCGUGCCAGGUUGAAGAAGAUGGAUCAGCUUGCACUUGCAAACCUGGUUUUGGCCGAAAGAAAUCUAGCGAUAUUUGUAAAGCUUUGACCGGACUCCUGGUUUCAAUUAGAUUAGACCGAUUGGAUAAUCAGAGACUAUCCUGGUCGUCUAAUUAUGCGGAUCCCACUAGCCCUGACUACCAGCAAUUGCAAUGGGAAGCAAACAAAGCCAUAAAUUCCUUGAUGGAAAUGGCACCGCUGUCGUCCCUUUUUGUUUCGUCGUCUGUCAACAAGUUCUAUGCCAUUGGCAACAAAAUUAUUGUUAAUGCUUCUGUUUUCUUGGAUUCGACUCCAGAAACACAAAGCGUCACUGUUCGACCGACUUUGCAAAAACAGCUGUCUAACGUAAUCCAGCAACGAAAUAACAAUCUAGGCAUCAGCAGAUUGUGGGUUGAAGGACUGACGAAUCCAAUUCCGGCUAUUCUAGAUCUGAACGAAUGUGGUGCCCCAGAAUUAAACGAUUGCAGUGCCAAUGCGGAAUGCAUCAAUAACCAAGGCAGUUUCUCCUGUCAAUGUCGACCAGGAUUCUCAGAUCCGUAUCCAAAUGACCCAUUUCAGUCUGGACGUCAGUGCAAUUCCUGUACGCGGAGUUACUGCAAUAAUCGCGGGGAAUGUCGAAUCGAGAACGGCAGGAAAACUUGCUCUUGCCAAGGAAAUUACAAAGGCUCGACGUGCGAAUUGGACGGAGAAGUUUUAGGCGUCGCCAUUGGCGCCUCUGUAGCCGCCGUCAUCAUCAUCGUGUUGACUCUGGUGCUCUUGUGCAUGUGGAGUCGCCGCUGGCGCCAGAACCAGGAAAAGAUGGUCGAUCGAAGUGCCUAUAUGGAACAGCUCAAGACGAUGCCUUUCCCCGGCAUGAUGCACGAUCGCAUCCGCUGGGCGCAGUACGCGGAAGCCAUGGCUUCGGCCCACAAUCUCUACGCGACACCAAUCCCUCCUACUUACUUCUAUCAAACUCCUUCGACUUUACAACAACCAAGUCCAGUCCCUUCGCUGGUCCACCCGACGUUGCCUCCUCCGCCGAUCCCUCCUCGAAAUAAAGUUCCUGUACGCCAAGCGGCUUCUUUACCCGUCGGCCUGGUCACGUCUACUGCCAGUCAGAUGAUUACCAAUCUUCAGGAAUUGGCUCGCAAAAUAAGCCGCAAGAAGAAAUCCGCCCCCAGACCACCCGAUCCGGUCAAUGUGAAUCCGCACUUAGCGUUGAUAUCGCCAGCUUAUGCGGUCGGAACAAUGAACAGCAUCAGCCGGGCUAGUAUGGCGCCUACUUUACCUUUAGUGGGUCAGUUUUACGGGUCUCGGUCAACUUGUGGUUCAGUCAUCAGUUAUGGUAAGAGAAACGCACCACCUCCACCACCACCCUCGAAUCCUCCGCCAGCUUUGCAAGUGAUGGAGACGAGCGAAGAGAGUGCUACCGAGAGUGAUGCACCUAUUCAUGCACGGCCGUUUCAAGUGCCCAGGCCACGUAGUCGCUCCUCCGCUAUUUCAUCCAACAAUAUCUACUUCGAGGCAGAUGCGCCCUCUACCAGUAAUGACUUCUCCAACCAAUCGCAAAUUUCGUUAAACACUUACCAGCCCCAACGUCAGGGUCCUCGCUAUUAUUACCGCUAAAUAUUUAAGUUAACCGGGUUCGUUUUUGAACGUAUUAUGGGGUCUGUAUAAAUUAAUCCAUGUUGGUUUUUGCGAGGAGCGCGGUGUGAUUCGUUUGGUUUAUCGUGAAAGAUCUGCUGUUUGAUUCCAUUUUCAUUUUUCGAUCUGUUUUUGUAGAGUAACUUAACCUUUCGUGAUUUGUGUUGUCAAAAUGCGCAUUCGAUAUGAAUACAUCAUUACACAAUGUAAAAA